UUUUCAGUUAAUAUACUAGAAAUGGAAGUAUUACAUGUUCAAAUUCAUAGCCAUUAGGUGGAUGCAUUGUUUACGCUCCUCAGACGAAGGGAGACAGACAACUUUGAAACGGCUUAUAAAGUGUAACCUGAGUGUCUAGCGGCAAAGAUGAUGCAAGGAGGGCAUGGCCCGAUGGGAGGCCCUGGCGGAAGCCAAAUGCAGGGACUAAUGGAUGAUGAGGAUAGUAAAGCAUUAAUGGAUGAAGCCCGAGAGUGGAUGGGUGAUAAGGUUGAUGAAAUGGGACCAGGGAAAGACAUGAAUCCUAUGGACCAGUUACCUCAACCGAAAUCAAGACGGAUAAAUAUUGAACCAUCUAAACAAUCCGGUCUAGAUUUAGAUAACGCCAUUGCUAUAGUCGGUGUUGGUGGAAAAUUUCCUGGAGCGGAAACUGUUGAUGAUUUUUGGCGUGUUCUAGUGAAUGGGGAGAACCACGUGGUUGAAAUCCCGCCAGAAAGAUGGAAUGUCGAAGAAUAUUAUUCAGCAGAUUACGACGAACCCGGUAAAACAUAUGUCCGUAGAGGUGGAUUUUUACAAAACUUUGAUGAGUUUGAUCCAAAAAUGUUUGGAAUUAGUGAACCGGAAGCAGCUAAAAUGGACCCUCAACAACGAUACAUUCUUGAGUGUGUUCACAUGGCACUUGAAGAUGGUGGUUUAAUGAGAAAAGAUAUUCAAGAAACUCGGACUGGUGUUUAUAUUGGAGUUAUGAAUGACGAUUACAAAAGUUCUGCUACAGAAGAUCCAGCAGUUGCCAGUAACUACACACUGACAGGGACUGCUCCAAGUAUUAUAGCUGCUCGUAUAUCCUACGUUUAUAACCUCCUUGGUCCAUCCAUGUCUAUAGAUACUGCAUGUAGUUCAUCUCUGGUUGCUAUACAUUUAGCAUCACAAGCUCUGAAAAGUGGUGAUUGUACCAUGGCGAUCUGCGGGGGAGUCAAUAGUAUUCUGUAUCCAGAUAUCCUUAUUCCCCUGUCAAAAGCAAGAAUGGUAUCGCCCAUAGGACAGUGUCAAGCCUUUUCUGAUACAGCGGAUGGAUAUAUACGAGGCGAAGGAGGUGGAGUCAUUGUCCUCAAAACUCUGAAGGAUGCAAGAGCUGAUGGUAACAAAAUAUGGGCUACCAUAGCGACAGGUUGUAACCAAGAUGGUAGAACAAUGACACCAAUUACAGCGCCAUCUAUACAGAUGCAGACAGAAUUGCUACAAGAAGUUUAUGAAAAGAACAAUGUCAGCCCAGACUUGGUGCAGUAUAUAGAAGCUCACGGAACUGGUACACCUGUUGGAGAUCCAAUUGAGGCCAACAGUUUGGGUGAAUUUUUCUCUCAAUACAGAGAAGAAGGGAAAGAGGCACUAAAAAUAGGAUCAGUUAAAACAAAUAUCGGUCACCUAGAAUCAGCAGCUGGGGUAGCUGGAAUCGUUAAGGUUCUUCUUAUGAUGAAGCAUGGAAAAACCGUUAGAUCUCUUCAUUUUGAGCGACCAAACCCAAAGAUUGACUUCCCAAAAUACAACAUGGCGGUUUCAAUCGCUGUUGAAGAUUGGCCUACAUUGAACGACGGAACAAGAAUGAGCUGUGUAAACUCGUUUGGAUUUGGAGGUACAAAUAGUCACGCAAUUAUAAAACAGUUUCCACUUGAAGAUGUGCAAGAGACAGAUGAAGAUACCAAAGAAAAGUACAUUGUCUUUCUGUCCGCUCUGGACAAUGGUGGCCUUACAAAUAGCCUUCAACAUUUCAUACAUUGUCUCAAAGACACAUCAGUAGACAGCCUAAAGAGUAUUGCAUACACUAGUUCUUGCAGACGUGAGCACUUCAAGUACAGACUUGCUUUCGUGAGUGAAUCAAAGGAAGAUCUCCGCCAAAAAGCAGAAGGACAAUUGAAAACGAUUGAAAGUGUUCGACCAGCUGGUUUGAACCCACCAAAUGUUAUUUUUGUGUUUUGUGGUGUUGGAACAACUUGGACUGGAAUGUGCCAAGAACUUUUGCAAAGUGAAGCAGUGUUUAGUGAAACUGUAAAAAAAGUGGACGAAUUAUUGGAACCUUAUACUAAAUGGUCAAUUUAUGAGAAAUUGAAAGAUGCAGCAGACUUGACUGAACCAUUGGUUGGUCAUCUGGCAAUUUUUACUUGUCAAAUUGGAUUGACAGAGCUUUGGAAGUAUUAUGGCAUAGAACCAAAAGUUGUAUUGGGGCAGUCUGUCGGAGAAGUUGCCGCUGCAUAUGCUUCAGGUUGUCUAUCUCUUGAAGAUGCUGUCAAGGUUAUAUAUCACAGAUCGGCAAUCUUAUCAAGAGCAACAGGAGGGUCCAUGUUUGUGGUUGGCAGUAGCAACACAGAGAUGGUAGACGAGUUAUGCCAGGAGUAUGAUGGAAAAAUAAACAUUGCUGUGUACAACAGUUCAAAAUCCUCGACCGUAUCCGGUGAUACUGAUGUUGUCAAUGAAGUAAUGCAAAAGCUGAAAAAGAAAAGUGAAGAAGAAGACGAACCCAUUUUCUUACGACCACUUCAUGUUAAAUGUGCCUAUCACAGUCACCAUACGGAAAAAUCCAGCAUUGAUCUAGAAAAUGCCCUUCAUGGGUUAUCUGGUACAACACCUACAGUGAAGUUAUUUUCUACUGUGACUGGUGAGGUAGCCACUCCUGAACAAUUUGUUACGGCUUCAUAUUGGAGGGAAAAUGUCAGAAAACCUGUUUUUUUUCAAAAAGCAGUCCGAAAUGCUGGCCUGCUUAAUACUAUAAAUAUAUUUGUCGAAAUUGGCCCAAAGCCUGUUCUAAGAACACAUUUGAGUGAUAGUUUCGCAGAAGGAAAGGCAAUUAGCUUGCCCUCUAUGAACGUGAACUCAGAAUCAUCCUGCAUAAUGGAUUCACUUGCAGAGUUCUACAAAAAUGGUGUGAAUCCUGAAAUGGAACGAAUUAAUCCAUACACUGCUGUAAUAUCCGAUAUACCGAAGUACAUACCAAACAGAAUGAAAUCAUUAUUUGAAGCCGACAGCACGAAAUUAAGAAAACAAGGUCGAGGAAGAUUGGCAUCAGCCCAUCCAUUUGUAAAACGACAGUCCGACGAUAAUACACCUUUCAAAAUAGACAUCAGUACCACUUCUACUCCUUAUGUUUAUGAGCACAACGUAGCAGGAAAUAUUUUAGUCCCUGGAGCGUUGUAUGCGGAAGUGGCGUUGGAAGCUAGUAAAAGUCUGCUAGAGCAGUCGCCUUUUAAUUUGGAAAUAGGAGUGGAUUUUCAAAGACCUCUCCGUUUAUCACCAGGUAGCCCCUGUGAAGCCUUUGUAAUGCUAAAGUCGUUAGAGCCAUUGAAGAGCAUGACCUUUACGAUACAAACAGGAAAUGACAUCAUAGCACGCGGAACAUCAAGAUUGAUAAAUGAAGAUGUAAAGGUAAAUUUUGUUGAUAUUCAGAAGAUAAAAGAGAGAUGCAAAAUAUUUCAUCCCAAAGACCAGACAUAUGAAACAUUGAAAACACUUGGCUUUUCAUACGGUGAUGACCUACAAAUCCUAGGUGAUGGAUAUAAAAAUAGAACUGAAUGUCUUGUUAAUGUGACCUUGUCAGAGUUGCUGAUCAAAGAUUUGAAUACAACAAAUAUUCAUCCAGCAAUCCUCGAUGGCCUUUUACAAACGCCUGGAAUCAUUUUUGAAUUGAUGGAGGAAAGACCUUCUGGACAACUACUUCCUGCAGGAUUUAAAAAGCUUAUUUUACGACGAUCUCCAGAAAAACAUAUGUUAGCAUACAUGAAUUUGACAUCAUUUUCUAAGGAUGAAAUUUUGUAUAACCUACUUUUACUCCAACCUGAUGGCAUUGUAGUGGCUGAGGUUAAGGACUUUACGAUUAGGGCAAUUGAAAAGUCAGAGAGACACAACGGUCAAAUUGCACACAAAAUAGUUUGGACAGAAGUUGACUUGCAAGAAGACAACAAAAAAACUUCUAACGACAUUGCACUAUUAAAUGACAAAGACGAACAAUAUGAUGAAGAAUCAGAUAAGAGCUCUUUUACAUGUAAAGCAGAUACAGAAAUUAUCAAGGAUGACUAUGACAAACAGUCAAACAGUUCAGGCUAUUCAAGCGAGAAAAAAGACCAAGAUAAAGACAGAUGCUCCAGUUUAUCAAGCAAUGAAAAGGGAGACUUGGACAAAGAAUUUAGUUCAAGCGAAGAUGAAGAAAAAGAUGUAAAAAAGGACGAGAUAUCGAAUCCACGAAAACAAAGAAGGUUUAUUUUUAUUUCCCGGGAUGAAAGGACAAAGCAGACAUUUAAGGAACAUGUUUAUGGUGAUAUUGAAAUUAGCUAUUAUAUUGCCCAUAAUUCAACCAAUAUCAUCGAAGACAUAUUGGAAGAACAUUUCAAACCCAGCGAAGCUGAAUCAAUGAAAGACGAUAAAGAAACAUGUAUUAUCUUUGCAAAUGGAAGAAUGAAAGAAGAAUAUACGACAGAUGGUACCGUUUUACUCGAUGAUUUGGUCAACAACUGUGAUCUAUUACUGACAAUCUUAAAGUUCAUGUCAGACAGACAAGAUUCGGUUCCAAUCUACAUAUUGACUCAAAGUACUCAAUCACCCGAUGUAUCAGGCCAGUUUAACCUUGUCGGAUCAGAGCUAUGGGGAUUUGUUCGAUCAGUACUUAGGGAACAGAGUUUCAAGUUGUACCUCAUCGAUAUAGAUCCAAGCUUCAAGGAAUGCAUGAAACAGUUGCUUACUGUUCUCAAAGGUAACAAUAAAAGACUAGAAAUACCAGAAAUUGCCAUCAGGAAGAAGAAAAUAUAUGAAAACGAAUUUGUAACGCAACCAGAUUCUGAAAGAAUAAAAACUCCAAAAGUCAAAUCAAUUGACAAGUAUUGUGUAGCAGAAUACAGGAGCAAUCUUCCAGAUGUUUUGAAUGAUACAUUCUACUCUUUACAGGAGAUGGAUGGAGAUAUAUUUGAUCAAUCCGUCUUACUGCAGGUAUCGAAAGCAUGUCUACACAACAAUUCGUUAUACCCUUUGACUUUCGAGAAUGCAGUGGAAGCAGUGACUAUAUGGCCACAAGAUCAUAAAGAUGGUUACGGAGUUCUCACGUUUGAAGUUGUUGGCAAACGAAUAGAUAAACAAGAAAAAAAAGACAAAUCGGUGAAAGAAUUUGUAGCAUGUUAUCCACUUAAAAUUCAGUCUGUUGUAAACGUUCCUAAAUCAUGCACGGUAUGUCUGACAGAUUUACAACCAUAUGUUCCCGGCAUGCUUUGUACUACUUCUCUUUUAUGGGAAUUAGUUAGCAAGUUACCAUCAAAGAAAAACUACCUUAUUCUUACUGACAAUGAAAAUGAGAUGUCUGCAAUUAUCUUAAAAAAUCUAAUCGCAUCUAGACGAUCGGGACCGGCUAUGGUGUUCAAAUUGGAGGAAAUCAUGUCACCUGACCAAAUAUCAUCAAUAGUUAUCCCAUUGAUGAAAAUAGAUCUUCAGACGAUACAUGGAUUUUUAGAAGUAGCUAAACACGUGACAAUGAUUGCAUCUCUGAGACAGUUCCUACCUUUGCAAAUUGAGCGUUAUGUGGCUGCCCGUUCAGCCCAUAUUCAAUUCGUGACUGUUGAUGUUGAUGAGGUUUUGUCAAAAACCAAACUCCCACAGAUUGUUCCAACAGUCAUCAAUUGGCUGAAAAAACAGAAACAUAAACUUUUGGCCAAAGAUCAAAUUAGACUUGAACCUUCUGACACUACUUUACUACCAUUUCCAAGUAGUGUUGUAGACGUUACUGGAUCAAGCAAUGCACAGAUGUGCGAUAUUAGAAUCCCAGAGAAUCUCAUUUUCAGGAAAACGGCUGUAUAUAUUAUUAUUGGUGGAAUGACAGGUCUUGGAUGGGAAAUAACAAAUAUGUUGGCAGAACGGGGAGCUGGAUUCAUUGUCAGUUUAUCAAGGAGAGAACCUUCAAAUGAGAAACAAACUAAAAUCAAGGAAAUGUCAGACCGUUAUGAAUGCUAUAUUACAACUAUGCAAACUGAUAUAACCAGUAUAAUGUCUCUCCAAGAGUCAUUUGAUCGAAUUAUAUCAGAAGCACCCUAUCCAAUAAAAGGUAUUUUCCAGGGAGCUGGUGUUCUUGAUGAUGCUCUAUUUAUAUCCAUGACAAGAGAAAAGCUACAAAAGGUAUUAAUGCCAAAAGUUCUUGGGACAUGGAAUUUACAUAUUGUCUCUGAAAAACUGUCUCUAGAUUAUUUUGUCAUUCAUUCUUCUAUGACAUCUGUAUUUGGUAACGCAGGUCAAACCAAUUACGGAGCUGCAAAUGCUUUUCUUGAUUCGUUGGCUCACUAUCGUCGAUACCUUGGUUUAUGUGGACAAAGUAUAAACUGGGGUCCUCUCAAAGUAGGCAUGGCCAUUAAUGAUGACAGCCUUGAACAAAUUUUAGAGAAAAGAGGACUACUUUCAUUAAGUAUACCAACCAUUAGGAAAAGUUUAAUAGAAGUCUUGAAGAAUACCUGCCCACAAGUGACGUAUGGCGUUUUUGAUUGGGAUGUAAUAGCAUCUGGACUUAUUUCGGAGGACAUGUCCCUUGUACAGUAUAGAUUUAGAGGUUUUGUCGACAAAAUAUUAGAACAAAGAAGAUCUAAGCUAAAUUCAGCACAACUGAACUUUGACCUCAAUGAAAUAAUGUCUAUACCAAGAGCAGAGAGAAUGGAAGCCAUUAUAAAAGCCUUGUUUAUUCUGGCAAGCGAUGUAUUUGGAGUAGAACAUUCACUGCUCAAUGAAGACACGCUAAUAUCAGCUUUGGGUGUUGAUUCUAUGCUUGCAAUGACGUUCGCACAAACAGUCCUGAAGGUUAUGCAUGUCAAAAUUUCUUUAGUUAUGUUGCUGACAGACGGAACAACAAUGAUGGCAUUAGCAGAAGCAAUAAAUGACAAACUUGAAAAUGGUAAUGCCGAAGAGGAACCAAAAGUAAGGGAAAUUGAUACUAAUGUCGCAAACUCUAUGACACCUUACGAAAAACGAGCUUACAAUGGUCAUAUGAGGAAUAAAUAUGACCCAUCUUUAUACAUGUUUGGGGAUAUUACUGUUGAUAGUGUCAUAGCUAUGCCAGAAUAUUGGAAACCCUUGAUUGUGAAAAUUCAUCAAAAGUAUCCUGCUCUGCGGACACUAUUCAUACCAGGCCAUGAUGACAUUAGAUAUGGUGUCAAACGAGUAAUUCUGGAACCGGAAGAGGUGGAAAUAGACUUCCGCAUUGUUGAGAAAUCUCUCCUACUUCACAAAACAAGACAUCCUCCAAACAUAGAUGACUAUCUGUUUGACCCAGCAACAGACCUACCAAUGAGGGUUUUCUACGCCAAGAAAGGUCGACAAGCGAUCAUGAGAUUUUUAUUCAACCAUUUAGCACUGGAUUUGCAUUCCAUCUCGAUGAUGAUGAGGGACCUUCGACCAGACGCCCCUAAUGAAGACCCUACAGACCCAGUAGAUAUAGCACUGCAUAUUGAAAGACGAUUGAUCGAUGAUGAUGUGGAACUUAGAACCUUCUGGCAAACAGUAAUUCCAGAAAAUCUUCAACCAAUGUCCCUGUCUGUAACAGGGGAUUUAACAACAGAUCCAAACUUCUUUGAGUUUACUCGAGUACGAGUACCUGACAAAGUAGCAACAGGGAUAAGACCUCUGCUUGAAGCUAACAAAUGUACCCUGUUUCACCUUUUUGCCACUAUGUUUGAAAUUCUACUACACGUUGAACUACGCCAGCCAACAGUAGCUAUUAUGACAACCAUUGACUGCCGAAUGUUUUUCCCCGAGUUGAAGAGAGAGGCCAACCGUUUUACAAAUCGUAUACCGCUAUAUCAAGAAUUCGAAGAUAGUUCAAUACAAGUUGCUGAAAUUAUUCAAAGAAAUAAAAUAAAGAUCAUGAAGGCAUUAGAUCACGGAUAUAUGCCUUUUAUUGACAUCAUACAGGACGUAAAGAAUCAUCCUGUCAAUGAGAUUUUCCGACACCAAAUUGUAAUGGAAGAAACAACAAAAAUAUCAUCUCUUGCUAUUGACCAUGGAAAAAGAACACCAAUCAAAAUUAAAAAACUUCAGGUUGGAAAUUAUUACAACGAAACCAUCUUCUAUGUGUGGAAUGAUGAAACAACGAAGAAGCUCGAACUCGAACUGGGAUGCAGUACACUUAUAAUUGACCAGGACAGAGCUCAUAAUCUUCUCAACUUUAUGCUAAUGAUGAUAGAGAGAUUCGUAGCUAAUCCGGGUAUUACAUUAGAGGAAAUGACAUCAUAUGACGUAGCAAGUUGUAAAACUGGAAUAUCGACUUCAGAAAAAAAUAUUUCAAAUGUUUUCAUGAAACAGACAAAGAAAGGUUGGGACCACGAAGUAUAUCUCUUCCUGGGAUCAGACGAUGAAAAGUUCCUAAAAUGGGGGACGCGACCUCACAAGAUGGAAAGGCGAAUCGCAUACACCGAUAUCACAGAUCUUAGAAUGGUCGAUAUGAAUGAUCAGACAGCUCUUAUCUUAUGCACAAAUUCUCGGACAUAUAUCUUCAAAACAAGCUUAAAAAAUCAGGCCAUGCAGUGGUGGCUUUCCAUAAGGGAAAGGUCUCUUGGUAAAAGGGCGAAUCCAAAAGAAUUGAAAGAAACAGUUAUAAAAGAAAACAUUACAACUUUUGAUGACACGAAAAAUGAAAUUGACUCUGUAGAAGAGAAAGAAGUUAUAAUUACUUCUUUCUGAGACUUUUUGUGUUGCGUUGUCUGAAAACCGAUUUGGAUGCUCUCCGAUUUAUCAGUAGACUUUAUCUCCAAUAACCCCGACAAUCCGGAAAGUAAUUGACGUGAGCGGAAGUUGACUUUUUGAAUAAGUUUUAUAUUUUUAUUUUUAUUUUUCAAACACCUGUAUUGUAAAGAAAGAGUGUAAAUUAUCAAAAUAUGCCAAAACUUCUUUCAGGUGAUAAAUUUAUUGUUAUGUUCUAAAUGCAUUGAAAUAUUUAUGAUGAAUUUUAUAUAUUUAGAAAUUUAGAAAUAUCAAAUAUUGUACUUAACACUUAGCAGAAGAGAAAUAAAAAUACAUUUGAAAUUAA